GGCAUACGACCCGUCGCUCCUGCCUUCUGUCUGUCUUUGGAGUUCCUCUUUUGUUACUCCAGUACUCCGAGAUCUUCGUUUGAUUUCGGAAUAAAACACUUUGAUAUCGUACUUAGAUCUACGGGCAUGGGUAGAAAAGUUACAUUGGCUGUCUGUGGUAUGGGUCAGUGGGCGUUAGAUUUUGAAGGAAAUUAUAACAGAAUCGUAAAAAGCAUUCAAGAAUCUCAUCGAAGAGGUGCCGCCUAUAGAUCAGGAUCUGAACUUGAAAUAUGUGGCUAUGGAUGUGCAGAUCACUUUUAUGAAAGUGACACAAUUCUGCAUUGCUUUGAGGUUCUUGCAAAGUUACUUGAACGAGAAGAAUCCAAGACAAUGAUUUGUGAUGUUGGGAUGCCAAUUCUUCAUAAAAACGUCAGAUACAACUGCAGAGUUAUAUUCAUGUACAGGAACAUUCUUCUCAUCAGACCAAAAAUGGAAUUGGCAAAUCAACAUAACUACAGAGAAUACAGAUGGUUUUGUCCAUGGGUUAAGCACAAAGUUGUGGAAGAUUUCUAUUUACCCAGGAUAAUAAGCAGUAUUACAGGUCAGACGUCAGUUCCAUUCGGAGAUGGCCUUCUGUCGACAAUCGACACUUGUAUUGGGAAUGAAAUAUGUGAAGAACUUUGGUCUCCAAACUCAUCUCACAUCAGUCAGUCAUUGGAUGGUUGUGAAAUAAUUGUAAAUGCAAGUGGAAGUCAUCAUCAAUUAAGAAAGUUGAACAAGCGAAUGGAGCUCAUCAUAUCAGCCUCUGCAAAAUGUGGUGGAGUAUACAUGUUCUCAAACCAGAUCGGUUGUGAUGGAGAUCGUUUAUAUUAUGAUGGUUCAUCAGUAAUUGUUGUUAACGGUGAAAUUGUAGCACUAGGACCUCAAUUUUCACUCAAUGAAAUUGAAGUUGUCACAGCAACUGUGGACCUAGAGGACAUCAGAGCUUAUAAGGCUGAAAUAUCGAGUCGAAAUAUUCAAGCAACAAAAUCUAGUCCUUAUCCAAGAGUUAGAGUUGAUUUUUCUUUGUCAGCAGAUGACCAACAUUCUGCAAUUGCUAUUCCUUCUGUUGCCCCAAUUCGAGUAAGAUAUCACUCUCCGGAAGAAGAAAUCGCACUCGGACCAGCUUGUUGGUUGUGGGAUUACUUGCGUCGUAGUUCCAUGUCUGGAUUCUUUCUCCCUCUCAGUGGAGGAGUUGAUAGUUCAUCUGUUGCUUGUAUUGUUUUUUCUAUGUGUGUUCAGGUGCACAAAGCCAUUGAAAAUUGUAAUAAACAUGUUUUAAACGAGUUGAGAAGAAUAACAAACCAACCAGAAUUUUUACCAAAGAAUCCCCAAGAAAUUUGUCAACAACUUUUUACAACUUGUUAUAUGGCUACUGAAAAUUCUUCAGUGGAAACUCGUUCUCGUGCGUCUGGUCUUGCAAAAUGCAUUGGUUCGUAUCAUUACAAUAUUAACGUUGAUGCCGUAGUAAAUGCAUGCAUCAUGGUCUUCACAUCCGUAACUGGUUUUAUACCAAAAUUCAGAGUGAAUGGUGGAACAGACAGAGAAAACAUUGCUUUGCAGAAUGUUCAAGCAAGAACCAGGAUGGUGAUGGCUUACCUUUUUGCACAUCUAUCAAUGUGGGUGAGAAAUAAACCAGGUGGUCUGUUGGUGCUUGGUUCAGCAAAUGUGGAUGAAGCAUUGAGAGGAUACUUUACAAAGUAUGACUGUUCAAGUGCUGAUCUCAAUCCUAUUGGAGGAAUCAGUAAAACAGAUUUGAGAUCGUUUAUAAGAUAUGCAAUUGACAAUUUUAACAUUCCACCAUUGAAGGAAGUGAUAGAAGCACCACCAACUGCAGAACUCGAACCACUUUUAGAAGGGGAGCUAGUACAAACUGAUGAACAGGAUAUGGGGAUGACAUAUGAUGAAUUAUCAAUCUAUGGUAAAUUGAGAAAAAUAGCUGCUUGUGGUCCAUAUAGUAUGUUCUGCAAGCUAUUACACAUGUGGGAAGGCCUUCAUUCUCCAUCUCAAGUUGCAGCGAAAGUCAAACACUUCUUUCAUUCAUACGGCAUAAAUCGACAUAAGAUGACUACUUUAACUCCGUCGUAUCAUGCCGAAAAUUAUAGUCCGGAUGAUAACAGAUUUGAUCUACGACAGUUCUUAUAUCCAAGAUUAACAUGGCAAUAUAGGAAAAUUGACGAGUCAGUUAAAAUUCUAGAGAGAAGCGAAAGAAAAUGAAUGCCAACUGUUCAGAUCAACUUUAGAUGACUUUAAAAAUACUAUUGGUGCUAACUGGUUUUCCGAAUCCACAAACUAUUGAUGGCAUCUCUAGUUCAUCAAACUUUGAAUUUAUGAUUUGUGUCUGGAAAUGUAUUGUUUCAUGAACAUUUACGAUUUAACUCGUUUGGGGUCAAUUUUGUGAUCCAUUGAGUUUUCUAAAUUGUGACAGUUUCAAAUGAAUUGUACAAUUUUCUAUUUAUGCUUGUUAAGUAGGUUUUUGCUCGCGAAUUUGCGAAUGUUAUAAUUUAAUAUUUAUCCAUACCGUAUAGCCUUAGAUUUUAUGCUUUUUUGAAUCAAUGUUUAUUUUUUUACUAACAAUUAUCAAAUCUAUUCUUCAAUAUUUUUUUUAUUAUUUCGAGCACAUUUCAGCAUUGUGCUAUUAAAUAAAUAUUUCAUACUAAUGAGAAAUGUAUCUUUUGUUGUGGAGGAACAUUUUUUGUGAUCAAGUUUACACUGGAAUUCUUGGGAAAAUCUGAGUCUAAUUGCUAUUUUGUCACCUUAAGCUAGGCUUACAUUGUAACUUCUCCUUUGUGAACCAUAUCCAUUUUAGUGGCCUAUCAAUCUUAAUGAUGUAGUUACUGUAUAUGAUUCGACAUUGUGAAAUCUCACAACAGUGGAAUUUUAAAGUUUUACAAAGUGAUGUAUGCCAAUCCACUAACAGUUUGUAUCUCCAAUAUAAGCGUUAUUUCUUUUAUUUACUUAGCACUAAUUUCAUAUUAGUUUUAAAUACUUGACAAAAUUUUAAGAUUUAUGGAAUUGUACACUACUUAGCUAUUUUCUUGGUAGCAUGAUAAACUGAAAGUGUACACUCCUUUACGGUAUUCUGCCAGCUCAGAUCAUUUGCCUGUAGCCCACUGACAACUGUCUCACUUUGGAUGUUACUGAUGAAAUACUAUAUACAAAUAUUAUAAGACAUUUGCUUGCUCUAUGAUUGUUGCAAAAAUAUUCUAUUAUCUAUUCUCUCAUAUGAUACAAUGAAAUUCUCAAUUUAUUUAAUUCCAUCUCAAAUGCACGUUACAUAGAACUGAGUUAAGAAUUUUGGAAUCGAUAAAUAUUGCAAAAACUUCAUUGAGAGGUCAAAGUUAUGUACAAAUUGAAACAAGAUUUUCCUGAAAACUUUGCUAACGUUACAUUUAGAAUCAAAUAUUUGAAAUUUUAUCUUUUUUCAUUGCCUAAUGAUUGAAAUUAUACAAUUGCAAAUUAAACACGGAAUACAUGUAAUUCUCAAGUUUGACAUAACUAUAUAAGUUGGAAAUUUUUUAAACUUGAUUUGUCUAUCUCUUAUUAUUUCUAG